GUGCGCUUGGUACUUCAGUUGGAUGUGCAGUACCUUCAUCCCCAUGCUGCUAUCAAUUCCAGCAUUGGCUUGACUCCAACCCCCUUUUUGGAGCUUGCAACCACCAUUGGGACCAAGGAGCUCAGUUUUGGAGGUGAAGUGGGCUUUGAUACUGCUUCUGCAUCCUUGAUCAAAUGUAAUGCUGGAAGGCUUGAAAAGCCUGAUUUCUCUGCUGCACUCAUACUGGGUGACAAAGGGGAUACGUUGAAGGCUUCUUAUAUCCACUUGGUGAAUCCAGUGAAUGGAACUUCAAUUGCUGCUGAAAUGACUCAUAGGUUUUCAACCUAUGAAAAUAGUUUUACCGUUGGAAGCUCUCAUUCCUUUGAUCCUUACACCAUCAUAAAAACAAGGUUCUGUCACCGAGGAAAGGUCGCAAUGCUUUGCCAGCGAGAAUGGAGACCCAAGUCACUGGUAACUUUUUCAGCUGAGUAUGAUCCAAAGGUUGUUGAUGCACCCCCUAAGUUCGGUCUUGCCUUGGCCCUGAAGCCGUGAGAUUGCUGUCACCUCUUCCAUACAAAUGAUUGAUUUUUCAUAUUUUGAACGUGAUAAUUUUUUUAAACAUAGUGGGAUUAUGUUUCGCCCAAAUUAUUUUCAGAAUUCAAGGAUUUAUUGGGUUAAGUUUGUUCUUUGGAACUAGUGAAGCUGUGAAGCUGAAUCUAGUUUUGGAGGAAGUUCAUAUAAUCAUACAAAAACAAAUAAUUUCUGUAACCUCAAUUUGAAACUAUUAUCAUCUAUCAAAAGAAAAUGAAACUAUUAUUGGUUGUUGAUCAA